CUUAAUUCGCGUAAUGCAGAAAACAACUGAAACGUUUAACGUUCUGCAUUCAGUCAACGUUAGGUUUCGGAGAUGCAUUUUGACCUGGUCUAUGAGGAGAUUGGGGAGUUCGGUCCCUUUCAGAAGUAUAUCGUGCUGGUCGGGCCCCUAACAAGUUUCUACGCGGGGCUGUUGUUUGUGAGCACCUUCUUCACCCUAGCUAUUCCGGACCACAGAUGUGCACUCCCAGGCUGGGCGAACGACACCUACUCAAUUCAAAGUCUUGCUCACUUCGAAGCAGUCAACUCAAGCAUCCCGCCCGCCGAUGCCGACGAGAAAUACAUCUAUGAUCAGUGUAAUCUGCGAUACACUGAUGCCGAUGGGAACAAACGUCUUCGACCAUGCCAUGCAUGGGUCUACGAUAAGUCCAUUUUCCAGUCAACAUUAGCCGCCGAUUUGAACAUGGUAUGCGAUCAAUCUCUGAUGAAGUCCAACGCCCAGAUGACGUUUUUCGGCGGUUUACUGGUCGGUUCUCUUAUGACUGGGGUCGCCUCCGACAGGUACGGCCGGAAGAGAACCCUGGUCAUCUCGUCCAUCUUCUACUUUGUGGCCGCACUCAGUAUAGCUUGGACGCCAGGAUUCAUCGUCUACCUGAUUCAGACGUUCUGUGUAGGAUUUUUCUCUGUCGGCAACUUCAUGCCCGUAUACGUUCUUUGUAUGGAGUUUGUUGGUCCGAGCUAUCGGCGUAUCGCGGGCUUGAUUGGGGGGUUUCAUUGGCUUUUCGGGAACCUCGCUCUGGGGGCGCUGGGUUAUGGUAUCCGCGACUGGGUCACACUGCAGAUUGUCACUGCCUCGCCGGGGAUUCUUUUCCAACUCUGGUGGUGGUUCUUCCCCGAGUCGCCCCGUUGGCUGUUCAUGCAGGGCCGAUUGGCAGAGUCCGAGGCCAUUAUACGUAAAGCGGCCCGCUGGAACAAGACGUCACUUCCGGAUGGCUUCUUUCUGAAGGUGUUCCAGACGACGCCGGAACCUAAUCAGGCACAGAUCUGGCACCUAUUUCGGAACAGGACGCUUGGCCUGAGGACGCUUAUCGUCUUUUUUAACUGGUUUGCCGUGUGCCUAGCAUACUAUGGGCUGACGUUGAACAGCGGCGACCUUGGAGGAGACCUGUAUGUAAACUUCUUCCUCACAACGCUCAUGGACCUUCCGGCAUCCCUUGCCUGCAUCUUGCUUCUCGAACGAACCGGCCGGAAGCCGCUCCUUGUCGGCGGUAUGAUCACUGGCGGCGUCGGCUGUCUGUCGACUGUGUUUACUAUAAUCUAUGGCGGCAAAGACCCCGAAUACGAGACAGCGACCCGCAUACUGGCGCUGAUUGGAAAGUUCGGAGCGUCAGUGGGGUUCACUAUGGCGUAUAUGUAUUCCGGAGAGUUUUUCCCGACAGUGGUCCGCAAUGCCGGCAUGGGAUCAUCCUCCUGUAUGGCUCGCGUCGGCGGCAUAUUAGCGCCGUACAUCGCGGAUCUGGAUCGGUUGGUGGGCGGAAGUUUCGGACAUGCACUUCCGCAGAUAGUGUUUGGUGCCCUGUCCCUGACGGCCGGUAUUCUGGCGUUGUAUCUACCGGAAACACGCGGCCGUAAGCUCCCGGAAACCAUCGAGCAGGGGAUAAAGUUUGGAAGUGAGGAAAUAGAAUACAGCCCAAAAGAAGCCAUUGUAAAUCAGGCGUUUGACGGACAAGAAGAAAACACAAAAUUGUGAUCGUUGUUUAUAAAGAAUGGAAUAGUUAUGUUUGUCUGGCUGAAAUGUUUCUCAUUUAUUUCCAUGUGACAAAAUGACCUUUGUUUA